AUGGGACCUCAAGCCGAGGAUAUCUUCAAAACGUUCAAGUUUGAGCCCGGCAACCAGAAGUUUGAGGUCGUACUGCAAGAGUACGAGGCCUACUUUGUUCCUCGACGGAACAUCAUUUAUGAAAGGGUGAAGUUUAACACACGAACGCAACAAGACGGCGAAUCCGUCGAGGAUUUUGCCACUGCACUGCACGCGCUGGCUUCCACGUGUGACUACGGGGAGCUGCGGGAGGAUUUAAUUCGAGAUCGUCUCGUGGUGGGUCUCCAAGACCGUAAGAUCUCGAGAGCUUUGCAACUCGAUCCGGACCUAAAACUACAGAAAGCGUUGUUGGUGGCACGACAGCACGAGACCGUCAACCAACAGCAGGCAGAUAUUCACCGCGUGCGAGAACAAGAAGUUCACCGAAUACAAUCCCAGAGCGGUACGCGACAAGUUGGGAAAAACGCGCUUCCGCCUGAAAGUGGAAACAACAUUCCCAAACCAUGCGGCUGGUGCGGAAGAAGCAGGCACUGUCGAGCGUCCUGUCCAGCGAAAGAUGCAGUCUGCAGAAAGUGCGACAAAAAAGGACACUUCGAAGCGGUUUGCCGAUCAACCAGAGCUGUCAGGAACGUCGAAAACCGGACCGAGGAACCAGGCUUCCUCGGAGUCGCGUCCCAUUCAUCCGCUUACAGGUGGGAGGUUCCCAUUCUUGUUGAAUCCUCGAAUGUGGUAUUUAAAAUAGAUACUGGAGCGGACGAAACGGUCAUUCCGGCGGAGCUCUUCACUCGCAUCUUUCCCGCCAUAAAACUUCAACCAGCAAAGCGUCGGCUUCAGGGGCCUGAUGGUAAAUCCCUUGCCAUAUCUGGUAUGGCUGCCAUGAAUAUGACAUUUGCAGGAACGAGCAGCCGCGAGGACGUGUACGUACUUCAAGGCCUCCGAACCCCUCUUCUUGGGAAACCAGCGAUAGAAAGGCUCUGCGUAAUACCACAAAUCAACUUAGUGAAGAAACUGGACCCCGUAUCUGAUUUUCCACAAGUGUUCCAGGGACUGGGGACCUUCAAAGAAGAGUGCGACCUCAAGUUGAAUCCGGAAGCAAAGCCUUUCGCGCUGUCGUCCCCACGUAGAGUCCCCCUGCCUUUGUUCGAAAAAACAAGACAAGAGCUCGAGCGGAUGCAAGCACUAGGCGUCAUUUCUCCUGUCACCGAGCCUACUACAUGGUGCGCACCUAUGGUUGUCGUUCUUAAACCCUCGGGUGCUGUUCGAAUCUGUGUUGACUUCACGGAACUUAACAGAUACGUUCAACGAGAAUGGCAUCCCAUCCCGGCCGUGGAGUACACCGUCGGAAUGCUACGGGGAGCCAGCACGUUUUCGAAACUCGACGCGAACUCGGGUUUCUGGCAGAUACCGCUGAGUGAAGGGAGCAAAGAAUACACAACUUUUAUCACGCCGUUCGGACGAUUUUAUUUCAACCGACUUCCGUUCGGAAUUUCGUCGGCCCCCGAACAUUUUCAAAGACGAAUGGGACAGGUUCUUUCAGGACAGGAGGGAGUCGUCUGCCACAUGGACGAUGUGCUUAUUUGGGGUGCUACGCAGGCGCAGCAUGACGAGCGGCUUCGGGCAGUGAUGGACCGCCUCCGCACAGCGGGCAUUACCUUGAACAGAGAUAAGUGCGAAUUCAGUGUCACGCAGAUUUCAUUUUUGGGACAUACAAUCGGGAACAACGCAGUGCGUCCCGAUAAGCAAAAGCUUGACGCGGUGACAGAAAUGCCACACCCGACGUCCAAGACAGAGUUACGGCGCGUGAUGGGCAUGGCAAAUUAUCUGGCCCGCUUUGUGCCCCGCAUGGCGGAAGUCCUUCAGCCUCUUUCGUCCAUGAUGAGCUCAAGACAGGAUUUUGUGUGGGGUCCCGCGCAGGAAGCCGCCUUGAAGAAGUGGAAGAUUUUUCUUUCAUCGGACCCUGUUCUGGGAAUCUGUGAUUCAAACAUGGAAACAGUGGUCACAGCAGACGCCUCAUCAUAUGGUCUUGGAGCUGUCCUGCGCCAAAGGCAGAAAGACGGUCAAUUCAAAGUGAUCUCUUAUGCUUCCAGAACUCUUACAACCACCGAGCGGCGAUACGCCCAAAUUGAAAAAGAAGGACUUGCCCUCGUGUGGGCUAGUGAAAAGUUCCGCCGGGACUUGACGGUGGCGGACGCGCUUUCUCGGUCACCUCUUCCACAAACGGAAUCCCUGGAACUGGAGGACGAGAUCCAGAGCUAUGUGCGAUUGGUGACUUCGUCAGUCCCGGUAACAGCGCCGAGUUUACAGCUUAUCGCCCAGGAGCAAGAGCGAGACCCGGUAUGUCAAGCUCUUAUCAACCUGUGUACAAAAGGCUGGCCAAGCCGUCGAGACGUUGGGUUUGACCUGAAGCCUUACUGGAAUGUGAGGCAAAACAUUGCCCUUGUUGAAAACCUGCUCAUGUGCGGCUCUCGGAUAGUGAUUCCAUCGACACUACGGCAGCCCGUCCUUAAAAUAAUUCACGAGGGACACUUCGGCAUUGAGAAGUGCCGGGCACGUUCUAAGAGCUCAGUUUGGUGGCCAAGUAUCGACGCGGACAUUGAACGACUUGUUAAGAACUGCCACAGCUGCCUCAAGCAGAGCACCAACCGAAAGAUGCCUCUGCAACAGACUAAGUUUCCAGAUAGGCCAUGGCAGCGCAUUGCAAUGGAUUUAUUCUUUCUUGAGGGAAAAUGGUGGCUGAUCAUCACGGAUUAUUUUUCACGAUACCCGGAGCUCGUAGCGCUGAAUAACCUGACUUCCGCAGCAGUAAUAAACCACUGCAAAUCCAUUUUUGCCAGACACGGGAUUCCGGAAGUAGUUGUUUCUGAUAAUGGGCCACAAUUCUCAAGAGCCUUUGGCGCUGAAUUUUCAAAGUUUGCAUCAGACUACAACUUUCAGCACGUGACAUCUAGCCCUCAUUAUCAUCAGAGCAACGGAAUGGCAGAGUCUGCCGUGAAAAUUAUCAAGGGCUCCUUAAAGAAAACUGCUGACGCUUAUAAAACUCUUCUGGCCUACAGAGCAAGCCCACUGAAGAACGGAUACAGCCCAGCCGAGCUGCUCAUGGGGAGACGACUGCGCACAGCCCUGCCGACGUCCAGCGAAAGCCUCCAGCCCCGGACACCAGACUUCGAAGAACUGGCAGCUUUCGAGAGGUCGCAGCGUCAGCGCCAGAAGAGGGACUACGACCGACGCCAUGGAGUGCGCGAUCUGCCCGAACUGUCCGAAGGAACAGACGUAUGGAUCGUCGACCUCCAAAGAGAAGGAGUUGUUCGUGGAAGCACCGACGAGCCCAGGUCGUACUGGGUCGACUCCGGGGAAACUUCUCUACGCAGAAAUCGCACUCAUCUCGUCCCGCUGCCUCCGACUAGUUCAGAAGACAGCCGAGGAACAACGCAACUGACAGCGGAAUCACCAGAAAUAGGCGAUGAAGAAAGAA